UUCAGCCAUUCCCAUUAAAUUGACACACGCCGGCGCAUUCGUCAGCAAUGGUUGUUUGUCAUCAAAGUCAUCAGAGUAGGCGCGCAUAACCUUCUUUUCUCUAUACAAAGCCGGUCUGCACCAUUUUCAACCGAGCUUCAGUUUUCGGCGUGUCCUCAAACAUACCGGUCCUUAGUAACAGAUAUUUUUCAAUCAACCUGAAGUGUAGUGAGAGUGUUUCAAGUGUUAAUCACUUUAAUUCGUUUGAAUCAAUCUGAAACGCGGCACACUAAUGUCGGCUGAUGCAUUAGCCCGUUCGGAUACCGAAACACCUGAGGCUGCUGUAUCCGAAAUGGGGUCCAUUUGCAAAGAUGAAAAUGAAAACACGGAGCUAUGCUUUGAUCGGGAAGCGUCAUUAAAUGGCGGAUUUUCACAGAGCUACAUGAAAGCUCUCACCACACUUUCUUUGAACACUACGAUUCGUGGGCCAAAGCAUUACUGCUACGAAUGUGAUUACUACCUCCACACACAGCUCAGUAUGACCACACACAUGAAAAUGCACCGCAAACCGUUCUGUCCGAUAUGUUUCCGAAUGUUUUUGGACGAAACCGAAGUGCACGUCCACAUUAAGGAACUGCAUUCGAAUCUGUUACAGAAUGCUGUUGCACGGUCAGUCGUUGAAGAGGAUUCCUUUUUGCAAACCGAAGUUCCUCCUAACUCUCCUACUCAAGAGUACAAAGCACGAUCGACCCGGGACGAAAGAUUAGGAAUGAUAAACAACCAUACGAUUUCUUUGUGGAAAGAGAAGAUUGUGGAGAAAUUGCGCCAACAUCAGCAAAUAUUAAACCACGGUGUACAAUCCAAGGGGAGACAAUUGAAAUCUGCGCGUUCACAUUCUGAACAUGACAUGGAGACAAAUUCCCGCAAACCGAGAAAAAUUCGCAACUAUCGCGGCGAAAGUGAACGCUUGUUAUCGAUCGCUGGAAUUACGGGAAAGGUGCAUAAAAACAUUAACCCGAAAGCGAUCACACCGAGGACUCCGGAUGCCAAAAGUAAUGGAGACACUGGCAAUACAUCACUGAAAUUGCUCACAUCUCGCUUUGGGCGUGUCAUUAGUCUUAAGGUUCCGCAAUUUUGAGAUGGCUGCACAAUGCGGGACUAUGGCAGGACCAUAAUCUAAAUCUAAAUUAUUAUAAAUUUUCUACCAUAUCUUAGAAUGGAAUAAGAUUGUCUUUACCGUUUCGUCUCCUAUCUAGCACUGUAAAAAAUGUCCAACCAAUUGGACAUUCCAGGAAACGCGCAUGAUGCACUAGAAUAAAGCUUAAAA